AUGAAGGCUCCAGGGAAAAGGUUUGCUGUGGGGGGUGACCACAUGGUCCAGUGUCCCCUCUUUAACAGAAACCCCCUACUCGCGGGCCUGCCCUUCCUCAUCAUCGAGACCAGCACCAUCAAGCCUUACCACCGAGGGUUUUACUGCAAUGACGAGAGCAUCAAGUACCCUGUGAAAACUGGCGAGACCAUAAAUGACGCUGUGCUCUGUGCCGUGGGGAUCGUCAUCGCCAUCCUUGCGAUCAUCACUGGGGAGUUCUAUCGCAUCUACUACCUGAAGGAGAAGUCCCGGCCAGCGAUUCAGAAUCCCUAUGUGGCAGCCCUCUACAAGCAGGUGGGCUGCUUCCUCUUCGGCUGUGCCAUCAGCCAGUCCUUCACAGACAUUGCCAAAGUCUCCAUUGGGCGCCUGCGUCCUCACUUCUUGAGUGUCUGCAACCCCGAUUUCAGCCAGAUCAACUGCUCCGAGGGCUACAUCCAAAACUACAAAUGCAGAGGUGACGACAGCAAAGUCCAGGAGGCCAGGAAGUCCUUCUUCUCUGGCCACGCCUCCUUCUCCAUGUACACCAUGCUGUAUUUGGUGCUGUACCUGCAGGCCCGCUUCACGUGGCGCGGGGCCCGCCUGCUCCGGCCCCUCCUGCAGUUCACCCUGAUCAUGAUGGCCUUCUACACAGGACUGUCACGUGUGUCCGAUCACAAGCACCAUCCCAGCGAUGUGCUCGCGGGAUUUGCUCAAGGAGCCCUGGUGGCCUGCUGCAUAGUUUUCUUUGUGUCUGACCUCUUCAAGACCAAGACAACACUCUCCCUGCCUCCCCCUGCUCUCCGGAAGGAAAUCCUCUCGCCUGUGGACAUUAUUGACAGGAACAAUCACCACAACAUGGUGUAGGUGCCGCCCACCUCCUGAGCUGUUUUAUAAAAUGACUGCUGACAGCAAGUUCUUGCUGCUCUCCAAUCUCAUCAGACAGUAGAAUGUAGGGAAAAACUUUUUGCCCAACUGAUUUUAAAAAGGAAAGAAAAGUCUUACUUUGUGGCCUUCCAAAAUAGGUAGCAUUCACCUAUGUGGAAACAACAGGAAACUAACACCAAGUGCCGAAAUCCUGGAUGUGCAAUUGGUCUAAGUGUUCAUGUUCUAGUGAGCACGGGCUUGUUCUGGAACAGACACUAAAAUGAUUUGAGUAGGGUCUGCCAGUCACACUUGUGGCCCGAGGAACCCCAGGCCUGUGAGAAAAGACCAGAGUCACACUGUAGCACACAAUGCCAGAAGUAGCACUGAAUCAAGACAGCAGCCACUGGGGGGGCUCCUGUCUCGGGUCUCUCGGUCCACACCACUCUAAUCUGUGCUGUGACUUUGGUUCAGGAAGUUUGGUUUUGUUUUGUUCAAUAUAAGGGCAGAGCAGGUGUGCUAAGUCAGGCCGUGAGAUCCUGAAUCCAGAUUCCCAGUCCUGAGGCCUUUCUCCCUCACUCCCCCGGCCCACAGACCAGCAGCCACAGCCCCUCACGUUAGCGAUUAGGAGACUCUUUGUGGAUGAGUGAGUUUCACAAAUAGCACAAUUUCAAAAGAGAUAGAGGGUGCUGGCCCUCGUUUGUAUUUUUUGGCCGCAUACUCCUGUGCUGCGGGGACAUCAGCUGCAGGAUGCCCCUGUUGUGUUCACCAGUCACCCGGCACCUGCACGCUCUUGGUAACAGUUAGCUUUGGUCACCUUUCUCCCUGGAAGUCCUUGCUGUGUGCCCACCGGCAGGGGUUGGUCUCCCAGGAGGGUCCUGACACCAGCAAAGGCGUGCUCUGCCGCCGGCUGACGGGAAGCAGCCUUACGCACAAGAGACAUGGGAGCAAAAGGGCAAGAAAGAAAAACUCACCAACCUUUUGGCUACUCAGAGUCAGAAUGAGCCAGAGCAGCAGAUGGUCCUGUGCCUGAGAGGCUGCCCUUCCAGAUCUCGGAGCGGACGAGCAUCUCUGUGGGGGCUGCUCUUGAGAAGCUUUGUAAAGCACUAUUGUCUUGGGGUUGAUCUCUAGGGCAGUUCUUGGUAGGUUCUGCUGGGCAGAACACGUGGGUUAAAUCUCCGUAGAGUUUUUCUCAUCCUCUAUCCGUAAGUGUCCUUCCAAGCAAGGUCCCACGCUGGGCAGUAGACAGGGAUCCUUUCUACUGAACCUUCGAGGAAAGGAGGAAGGAAGAAAUGCUUUCAGAUCGCAGAUGCAAACCUUUCAAAGGGCUAAAUGUAACCACAUGGAUCAAGCACACCUACAUCCUUACUCCAGAAGCCGUCCUUUUCAUUUCCACUUCUAGCAAGCUAUGAUUUUUAUGUAUAAAUAUUAUAUAAAUAAUGUAUAAAACAUUAAAAGUUAACUAUGUAAGAUAUUAUUUCUGAAACAAUUUUAGCUACAUCCACUAUGAUUAUAAACUGUGUCUCGACCUGUGUUAUUUACAUUAGCUGCUUAAAAAAGCAUGGAGUUAAUUUUUUUUAAUAUCAACUAAAAUAUCGUAGUUCUGUGGUAGACAUUGUUUUACAAUGAACGAAAUAACUGCAAUUAGAGAAAACUGUAUAAAAACGUUAAAGUGUCAGUAUUUUUGUAAGGUUCCAUUUUGUAAAGAGAAUAAUAUUCAAAGACUUUUGUAGAAUACAAAGUGAAAACUUGUAUCUGCGAAACUAUACUUGUAUUAAAUGUGCUUUUUAAAUAAAAGCUCAUAACACAACUAAAGAAGGAGUUGGAA